UUAACACUCUAACAAAGAAAACAACAGCUGUUCCUGACAAAAUGGAUGUAUUCCACAUAUUUACAAUUAUCGAUAAAAUAACUUUAACAUUUUUAGGAUUACAACUCAAAGGAUUUUAUUACUUAUGAAUUAAAACGUACGGCGGAAAUAAAGAUGCACUAUAGGGAUAACCCAGCCCAUAUAUGUCAUCAUAGUAUUAUCAUGACCAAUUACAAAUGAUUAGGUUGAAAACUUACAAAAUUAAGAUCGUCAAUAACGAUGAUGUUUCAAAUAAAAUCAUCUAGAUUUACUGGAACAAUAAAUAAUAUUUUACGCUUGAGAAGAAAUCCAGGAAUGGUAGAAAUCAUAAGCAGGUGUAAAAAUGAAUCAUCGGAUCACAAUGACAGUAUGUGGAUUGAGAACAGAGAAGUCGGCAUUUGGGGAAAUGCAGAGGAAAUUUUCUCCUCCCCUAACAAUGUAAAAACCCAAAAAAUUGGGAAGUCUGAGAGGCGAUACCAAACUGUGAAAUAUAAGGAUGAAGAUGAACAUAACAUGAGAGUGAAAGUUUUAACAAAACAACAUCUUUAUCCAACUUAUAUGCAAUACAUUUCCACUUUGGACGUCAAUUCUAAUAUAAAAUAUACCAAAAAAGCUGGAAUCAUUUGUACUAUAGGUCCCGCAUCAAGAAGUGUCGAUAUCCUCGUGAAAAUGAUGGACGCAGGAAUGGAUAUGGCUCGUUUGAAUUUCUCUCACGGAACACACGAUUUUCACAGGGAAUCGAUUGUAAAUAUCAGAAAAGCUGUUGAGAUUCGUUCUAAACGAGCAGGAAGACCUUUACCAAUUGCAAUAGCAUUAGAUACAAAAGGACCAGAAGUUCGAACAGGUCUAAUAGCAGAGGAAUCGAAGGAGGUUGAUGUUAAAAAUGGAACGACGAUGACACUCCACACAGAAAAGAGCUAUUUUGACAAAGGCACCGUAUCCGAUAUAUACAUCGAUCUAGCUACAUUGCCAUCGAUUGUUAAGCCUGGGACAGUUAUAUAUAUCGACGACGGACUCAUUGAGCUCAAAGUAUUGGAGACUGGUGGAACUUGGAUUAAGUGUUUCGUUGAAAAUGGUGGAAAAUUAGGAAGCCAGAAAGGAGUGAAUAUACCUGGUUCAAAACUUAACUUACCAGCAAUUUCGGAAAAAGACAAACUAGACAUCAGGUUUGCUAUGGAGCAAGAUAUAGACAUCAUAUUUGCUUCAUUUAUUAGACGUAAAGAAGAUGUAUUUGAAAUACGGAAAGAAAUUGAUGCGAAAGAAGAUUAUGAAAGAAUUAGAAUUGUUUCUAAAAUAGAAAACCACGAAGGUAUAGAUAAUGUCGAUGAAAUAACUGAUGUCAGUGAUGGAAUAAUGGUGGCAAGAGGAGAUCUAGGAAUUGAAAUAUCUUCAGAGAGAGUUUUUCUAGCUCAAAAACGAAUGAUUGCGUCCUGUAAUUUGGCAGGGAAGCCAGUGAUCUGCGCUACCCAAAUGCUCGAAUCGAUGGUAAAAAAGCCACGUCCAACGAGAGCCGAGAGCUCAGACGUGGCCAACGCCAUCCUGGACGGAGCCGAUUGCGUCAUGCUCUCUGCAGAAACGGCUAAGGGGAAAUAUCCGGUCAAGUGUGUCCAAAUUAUGGUGGAAAUAUGCAAAGCCUCCGAGGAAGCCGUACAGCACAUGAAGGUUUUCCAGGAAGUGACCAGAUUAACGCCGAUGCCCUCGGACAAGACCACCGCAGUAGCCAUCGCAGCGGUAGCAGCAGCCAACAAGACUUUGGCGACGGCCAUAUUAGUCAUGACUACAACUGGAUAUUCUGCCUUCGUCGUCGCCAAGUUCCGACCGCCCUGCAACAUAUUCGCUAUAACUGCCAAGCACUCUGUGGCUCGAAAAUGUUUUCUCUAUCGUGGCAUUAUCCCUGUCAUACAUAAUCGUAAGAAACAGGAUGAUUGGUCUCUAGACACUGAACAAAAAAUUAGAACGGGUUUAAAAGCAGGAUUGCAGAUGGAGUACAUACAUAAAGGAGAUAUGGUAGUGGUUAUGACCGGAUGGAAGAAAGGUAGAGGGAAUACCAGUACCAUGAGGCUGAUUGAAGUCACUGAUGAAGUCUGUAGAAGAGUUUUUAAUGAGGAAAAUACGUGAAAUUAUGUAUUUUAAAUAAUUGAUUGUUAACUUCGGCAACUAUUAAGUGAUGUGAAUGGGAGGAACCAACUUUUGUUAUAGAUAAAGAUGUAUACAUAACAUUCUUUCUCAUGUAAUUUUAAAAUAAAUUAAUUAUUACUUC